AUCUACGUGUGUGUGUGUGUCUGUGUGUGUGUGUGUGUGAGUGUGUGUGUGUGUGUGUUGAGGAAGUGCAGUGCGGGGUGUUCUCCAGGCUAUAUCAGACGCACACUCCUUCACUACUUCUCUCACUGAAAGGCUUCCACACUGCCGCGCCACCACACACACACACAUACACACAUAUAUAGAUUAGACAUUAGCACAACGCACCCGCCGGCAUGAAGUGGACAGCAUCCCUCGCCGUGGCCGCAGCCGCGCUCUGUCUCGCCUCAGUUCAGGCCACGUGUCCCAAUGGCUUCGUUAACUUCGGAGACGGGAACGAGGACGUAUGCAUCUUUUUUUUUCGGGCCAAGGACACGUGGCAUGGCAUGAAGUCGUCUUGCCAACUUCUGGGAUCGGACUUGGCCACGCUGACGGGCAACCUGCACACCAAGGUGAUCGAGUACAUCAACGAUCAGCCAGCCGAGGACCUGAGGGACGAGACGUUCUGGAUAGGAGGGACAGACGAAGUAAUGGACGGCACCUGGAGGUGGACACAUGACAACUCACAAAUUCCUCUCGGCACGCCCCACUGGUACCCUUGCAACAGGCACGAGGAACCUGACGGCGGCACGAGUCAGAAUUUCCUGUGCCUCCCCAACCCAAAAUUCUACUUCCACAGCUGUGAUGGCAACGCGAAAUAUAUGGGGAUCUGUCAAAUCUUCCCUGCAUUAUGAGCUUCCUGAUGUGGGUAUUGGUAAUGAUUUGCACUUCAAGAUCCUUUGUUAACAAUUUCUCAAUAAAAAUAUCCAUUGCCAAUUAUGCCGUGGACCGAGAUGUUGCAUGGACUUGGUACAUAAAGGCUACUGGAAAAUUCACAAA